AUGGUUUACUUGUCUAUACACUCGAGCCUUUGCGCCGUGGUUUUAACAACAUUCUCAACAUCGUCAGGGACUGGUACAACUUACAACGAAUUCUACUCGUCCGCAGAGACCAAGUAUCUACACCAAGCACCUCUGUCUAGCCAAGAAAGUCAGAAUUUGAACCUCCUGCUGGCCUUCCUUCUUGACUCCCCUGAGUUUCGUCCUCUAACGCUAUCCAUAAUCCUGCCGGAGUUUCGAUCGAAUGCAGCUGACGUUCUCUUGAGAUACUCCGCGGAGAAUCCCAUCUUGGUCUACAAAGUAAGAGCUAGAGACCUGUCCCUCGAGGCCACGUGGAUGGAGAGGUCGCAUCUCACAUGGGCCUUCUUCGUCAAGGACGUGUUCUCUCUGAAUAUCUUCAUCUACUGGCAGCCGAAGCUGUGGCAGUCCAGCAACCAAUAUCUGAUCUUUUUCAACGGUAGGACGACUACCGUGGCUUGGCGGGACAUCUUCAGGAAUCUGUGGAACAAGUACAGCGUCUAUAGGGCAGUGAUUGUUUCUACGGAAGACAAUUUCGAUUGUUUAGUGAGGUAUGCGCCCUUCGAAGUUCACGAUAACGAGUUCGGAGGUGUACACAAGCUGUGCUUGACGAACAAUGUUACUGUUCCGAAGUUCUUCGAGUAUUGCGAUGAUAGUAGUUCGCGACACCUGGCGGAGUCGAAGAACGCAGAAGUUGAAUUCCUGAACGAGACCAAGCAGAGUUCCCCAGAAACUUACGACGAUGACGCUUCGAGGUACUCGGCAGAGUUAAACAACGUCGACAAGGUCCUGCUUCUGAAUGAAACCACGCGACUGUUCGAGAUUUUCCACGACAUGAACAAUUAUCCUCUGGAAGUGGUUGUGUUCAAAUCCUUGCUAAUGGGCAUCGCAUACGACGAUAAAACGGGAUUAAGAUUGAGAAAGGUGGACGCUGAGGUGCUCUACUCUCUAGAAGGAGCCACGAAAUCCAAGUUCCACGUGAAAGUAAUGAGAAUCGCCGAAUUCAGACGGAUUGUGGACCCCUUCGAUCUGUCAUUAAGGGACAUCGAGAGCGGUAGAGCCGAGAUGGUCAUCACUGGGUUCUUCGUCAAGGCUUAUCCUCUGCAUCCUAACUUCCGGUUCACCGCUGCCGUCUACGAGGACAAACUGUGCUUCCUGGCGCCGGACUCGGGGUUGGUACCCAAAGCUUACAUGCCCUUCUUGCCCUUCGAGAAGAACUUGUGGGCACUCCUAGCGAUAUAUAACGUGGGAAUUACGUUGCUGUGGUGCUUCACGAAGUACCUCAACCUGGCGUUUAAACGUCGAUCGAUUCAACCUACUCGAGCCUUGUCGUCGAGUGACACAGGGACUAGACCUUUGGAGCAAUUAGAGUGUAAAGGUUCCUGGACGAAUCAACUGAGAAAACGCUCCAAAAGAUCGAAAGGUCGCUUCAACCCCCCAACAGAACCUCUUCAACCCCCACAAGUCCCUCGCUACGUGUCCCUGUUCUUCGACUUCGUAGAACUCUUCUGCUAUCCCCUCCAAAAUGGAGACAGUCCCGCGCAAAGGGCUCUGCUAAUAGGCACCCUGUUCUUCGGUCUCAUCGUGAACGGAGUCUAUCAAAGCAGCCUGGUGUCCAGUCUCAGCAAACCUUUCCACUAUCCCCAGUUGAACACCCUGGAAGACGUGGUCGACUCUGGCAAGAUCCUGUUCACUAAAUACGCGAACCUGAAGAACGUCUUCCAGGACGACAUGGCCGUAGACAGGGCGCUUCUGCGGAAGAUCCGAGUGGUGAACGAGACUAAAUCGACCAAAUACAUGGUGGCUUACGAGAACAUGAUCGCCAUCACGCGGUACUUCUCGAUGGUGCUAGGAAACUACGCGUUCCACGACAAGGACGGCAAUCCGUUGCUCCACGUGGUGGACGAGUGCCCCAUGAACUAUCGAGUGUCGUACGUGCUGAGGUCCCAAUCGCCCUACAUGGAGAGGGUGAACUUCGUUCUGCUGAGACUGAAGGAGGCCGGCCUGUUCUCGGUCUGGUUCGAGAAUAUAACGUAUCCCUUAACGAUCGUCAAGAUGAGGAGUCUGAGGAGGGACGAUACAGCCAUCAAGCUCACUCUGGACCAUUACUCCCUGACGUUUCUACUGCUGUUCGUUGGUCUGCUCGUUUCCACUUUCAUCUUCCUUGGCGAGGUGUAUGUGACCAGGAGGAAACGUUGA